GCCUCAUCAUGUACCCUCGGAGUGUCGAGGAUGGGCUGGAUGAGGCCACGCGUGAGCGCAUGCAGCAGCAUCAGGAGUACCUGAGCUUUAAGAUAACUGUGCGGCUGGAGCAGCUGGAGCAGAGCAGCUCUGGCUGGGGAGCCCUGGGCUUUUCUGCCUUGCAGGAGUGGCAGUUCUCGGCCAUUGCUGGAGUCCUGCUCCUGCUCUUGGGGCUCUGCUGGAGGCUCUGGAAAAGGAGCCGUGAGCUCAAGAGCCGCUGCAAUGAGGAGAGCUCCAGCAGCAAGACAGUGCAGGAGGACAAACAGGAGCUGGAAGAGGAACCAAGUGAAGAAGAUCUUGCUCAUGAGAGGCGCCUGGACAGGACAUUUUUAGAGCACGUCCCAUGGCCAGUGCAGAAGGUGGUCGAUGGGAGUCGUGAGGUGGAGGAGCUUGUGGGUGAACUUGUCCGUGUCUUCCAAGAGCUCUUGCGCACCUCCCACCUGGAGCUGGUCAACAGGGAGAGGAAGCCAGAGAGGAUCUUCCGCGUCCUCGUGGAGCUGGAGUGCACCUGCACGAGGGAAGAGCGCAGGGAGAUCAUGCUGUGCUUCCUCCACCGUGCCAAGGCAGACCUGACGAGAAAUCAUGGUCCCAGCUUCCUAGACAUUCUCUGCACCGACUCCUGCCUAGAUGGGCACAAAACCGCCCUCUGGUUCCAGAGGUUUGUGAGGUCAAACUGGGGGUUGGUGCCUCAGACACGUGGCUAUAACAUGAAGGUGCUGCCCUCCAGCCGCUCCUGCAAGCUGCAGCUGACAAAUGCCUCCGGGAGACCCCUCUUUGUGGAGAUGAUAUUUGCUGUGCAGCAAGGCGACUCGGAUGUCUUCCUGACCAGCCAGGCCACAGAGGACACCUUCACCCAUGGCACGAUAUGGCCAGAGAGCUACGCUGUGGCAGAGGUGAAGUUCUUCAGGCUCAUGGCCAGGCAGGUCCCGCAGGGCAGUUUACACCUCAAAUAUCUGCACCUCUUUGCCUGUAGCCUGGCGGGCACAGACUUUGACACCUACACCUUCAAGACGGUUGUGAUGCACCUCCUGAACACCACAGCCCCGUCAGCCUGGUGCAGCAGGCAUUUCCUGCCACGGUUGGAGGAUAUCAUGUGGAAACUCUGCCUCUGCCUGCAAGAGAGACGCCUCAACCAUUUCUUCUUUGGCAAUGAGAGCAUGCCCAAGGAGAUAAUCUUGCCCCCGGACUUCCAAACGGCCCAGCCACUCAACCUCUUCGAGUACCUGGAGCAGGAUCCGGUUGCCCACAACAAGGCCAAAGAGGAUCUGGAGCUGGUGGAAAGUCGCCUCUUAAGUGUGCUCUUUCCUCGUCGCUGA